AUGGCUGCUUACAAGCUGGUGUUGAUCCGCCACGGAGAGAGCAACUGGAACCAGGAGAAUCGAUUUUGUGGCUGGUUCGACGCCGAUCUGAGCGAGACUGGAGAACGGGAGGCGAGGAGAGGAGGACAGGCCCUGAAAGGUGGAUUCUUGUUCUAUUUUAUUUGACCAGCUAGUUACUUACAUUGUAGGAUACUAUACCAGACACAACACAUCAAAUGUGUCUUCACUAAUGCAACUGGCUUUGAUUGUACAUGUUCAUCUCUUGUUUAUUGAAAGGUCUGUGGCAGCAGCGACUACAGCAAUUUCGAAGGCUGUGUGCCUGCACAUUUGGCAUUUUUUGCCGCUUGAAGGGAUCUCAACUAUCCUAUUGAUGAUUUACAAUAGAAAUUGUAGUUGUGAAACUUGUUACCCAAUACCAGCAACGUUACGUGAUUACUCCAUCGAUUUGACAUAGGAUGAAGGUGUGUUUUUGGUGGUGUCUCCCCGUUGUCAAUCACGCCCUCAUUUUCACUUUGACCAUGCCCCUUUCUAAUGAGGAAGUUCGAUUAAGUGCACUGGGCUAUGAAGUAAUACGUGAACGGGAAAAAGCGGUGAGGGAGGAGCGCCUCUCUCAAAUCGAACAGUAAUAUUCGGUGCUCGGUUAUGUUGUCAACAAGGCAGCAUGAUUAAUUGGGAAGGCAGAUAAAGCCUUUGUAUCAAAAGCAAUCACUUCUGCAUGUGAAAACACAGAAUCCUACUCAUUACUCCACGUGCUGGUGGCCAGAACGGGGGCACAUGGCUCACGCCCGGGACGCAGCCCGGUUCCAAAUCGAAUGCAAUCAACGCUAACCCGGUUCACUCGGGGCAUUAAUAGAAUCCUCUCAUGCCCUCUAUGGUUGGGCGCCUAUGGUGGGGCUCCGCCUAUUAGUUCAGCCCCCUUUCACUGUGGACAAAUGAGCAACGGAGAUCCGGUCUCUACCGCUUUUGACGUCACAGCUUUUCCAAAGGAUGUGAACGUGCCGUUCUAGACGUGCUGCUUCGUACAAUGAAUGAAAUCAAGCCUUUCUCAGUGUGUUGGUUAGGGAAAUAUCUGGUGUUUCUGACUGAAUAGUCAUAUUUGGUUCAACUAAAGCUUUUAGUAACCUAUGCUGUGUUUGCUGAUGAAUUUGAGAAGUGACGUUGCUUGCCUGAAUGAUGUAUAAAGAGUCUAUAGCAGUGUUCAAGUGUUGUGGGAGACCCAUGGGGCGGCGCACAAUUGGCCCAGCGUCGUCCAGGGUAGGGGAAGGAAUGGCCGGCAGGGAUGUAGCUCAGUUGGUAGAGCAUGGCGUUUGCAACGCCAGGGUUGUGGGUUCGUUUCCCACGGGGGGCCAGUAUGAAAAAAUAUUUUAAAAAAUUAUGUGCACUCACUAACUGUAAGUCGCUCUGGAUAAGAGCGUCUGCUAAAUGACUAAAAUGUCAAUGUUGUGCACUCCAUUUACAGUAAACUCCACUCCUGGUCCUGUAGAACUAGUGCAAGCUUUUGUCCCAACCCAGAACUUGACCAUUGGUUGAUUUCCUAGUCUUACUCUAUCCGUCCAUCCAUCCACCCACCUUACCACAAAUCAUCCUGAAUCAAACCCGAUCACAUCCUUUCUCUUCUUCAGAUGCCGGCUAUGAGUUUGACGUGUGCUACACCUCAGUCCUGAAGAGGGCCAUCCGCACUCUGUGGCUGUGUCUGGACAGCAUUGACCAGAUGUGGCUUCCCGUCCACCGGACCUGGCGCCUCAACGAACGCCACUACGGUGGCCUGACGGGGUUAAACAAGUCCGAGACUGCUGCCAAGCAUGGAGAGGCUCAGGUGAAGAUCUGGAGGCGGAGCUUUGAUAUACCUCCUCCCACCAUGGACCCGGACCAUGACUUCUACACCAUCAUCAGCAAGGUGAGGGACACACAGAGACACGCAUUCACACACACAUACACUCACUAUUAUGGGUGAGAAUUUGCAUGAUUAUAUAUGACAUCAGACAACAACAGAAUAUACAUCUUUCUUUAGGCAAGCUCACUCACAUUGGGAAGAGCCUAUAGUGGAAGUCUUGGCAGAUUUAGAUAUUGUUGUUGACGAUUGGGUUUCUCCCUGUACUAGUGUGUUUCUGAGGGCUACAGUAAAGCAUGUCGCAAAGUAUCACCAUGUGUUUUCCCCAGUUCAUUGAUGGACCGGCCCCUUAACAGGAGGCAUGAUCAGAGUAUGGGGACUCUGAUUACAUAGAUGCCCAGCCAAGGCCGCCGUCAUGGCAACCCACCAGUGUUCCGUCAGAGGGGCAGUACCAGAGACUAUUAUGGAUUGUGUGUUCUGCUGAGGAGAGUGCUUUAGGUUAUAAUUGCUUCCCAAAUGACACCCUAUUCCCUAUAUAGUGCACUACUUUUGACCAGAGGCUCAGGUCACAAGUAAUGCACAAUAUAAGGAAAAGGGUGCCAUUUGGGAUGUAUCCAAUGUGUCUGUGCCCUCUUUGUCUAGACCACCAGGUCCCAUGGGAAGACCACAGGGCAGGGAGGGCCAAAUCCAUUCCUUAAGUGUUGCUGUUGUGUGCAGGAUUUUGUUUCAUCUUAGCACUUAUUAUUGAACUGUAAUCAUCGAUUUGAUUGAAGUAAUGUUUGAGCUAAGGGGGAACAAAAAGCCUGCACACUCUGCGACUCUGAAGGACUGGAGUUGUCCAUCCCUGGACUAGACUAGGGAUUUCAGUUUUCAUUCUCUCCCAAGGACGUUGCUAUGAUCAGCACUUGAUAUAAUCUACAGGGACAGCGUUUCCUCAAGCAUAGUGGUGGUUAAUCCUCCUGACCAUUUAAAACAAAAACAGCUGUUUUCUUCUGCCUCAUCUGGUCAUACACUACAUGGCCAAGUGUCAGCUGAAGUGUUGUCAAGUUCGCUGCCAUUGGACUCUGGAACAGUGGAAACACGUUCUCUGGAGUGAUGAAUCACGCUUCACCAUCUGGCAGUCCGACGGACAAAUCUGGGUUUGGUGGAAUCCAGGAGAACACUACCUGCCCGACUGCAUAGUGCCAACUGUACAGUUUGGUGGAGGAGGAAUAAUGGUCUGGGGCUGUUUUUUAUGGUUUGGGCUAGGCCCCUUAGUUCCAGUGAAGGGAAAUAUUACAGCUACAGCAUACAAUGACAUUCUAGACGAUUCUGUUCUUCCAACUUUGUGGCAACAGUUUGGGGAAGGCCCUUUUCUGUUUCAGCAUGACAAUGCUCCCGUGCACAAAGCGAGGUCCAUACAGAAAUGGUUUGUCGAGAUCGGUGUUGAUUAACUUGACUGGCCUGCACAGAGCCCUGACCUCAACCCUAUCGAACAUCUUUUGGGUGAAUUGGAACGCCGACUGCGAGCCAGGCCUAAUCGCCCAACCUCACUAAUGCUCUUGUGCUCUUGUGGCUGAAUGGAAGCAAGUCCCCGCAGCAAUGUUCCAAAAUCUAGGGGAAAGCCUUCCCAGAAGAGUGGAGGCUGUUAUAGCAGCAAAGGGGGAAUCAACUCCAUAUUAAUGCCCAUGAUUUUGGAAUGAGAUGUUCGACGAGCAGGUGUACAUACAGUGAGGGGGAAAAAAGUAUUUGAUCCCCUGCUGAUUUUGUACGUUUGCCCACUGACAAAGACAUGAUCAGUCUAUAAUUUUAAUGGUAGGUUUAUUUGAACAGUGAGAGACAGAAUAACAAAAACAAAAUCCAGAAAAACGCAUGUCAAAAAUGUUAUAAAUUGAUUUGCAUUUUAAUGAGGGAAAUAAGUAUUUGACCCCCUCUCAAUCAGAAAGAUUUCUGGCUCCCAGGUGUCUUUUAUACAGGUAACAAGCUGAGAUUAGGAGCACACUCUUGAAGGGAGUGCUCCUAAUCUCAGUUUGUUACCUGUAUAAAAGACACCUGUCCACAGAAGCAAUCAAUCAAUCAGAUUCCAAACUCUCCACCAUGGCCAAGACAAAGAGCUCUCCAAGGAUGUCAGGGACAAGAUUGUAGACCUACACAAGGCUGGAAUGGGCUACAAGACCAUCGCCAAGCAGCUUGGUGAGAAGGUGACAACAGUUGGUGCGAUUAUUCGCAAAUGGAAGAAACACAAAAGACCUGUCAAUCUCCCUCGGCCUGGGGCUCCAUGCAAGAUCUCACCUCGUGGAGUUGCAAUGAUCAUGAGAAUGGUGAGGAAUCAGCCCAGAACUACGCGGGAGGAUCUUGUCAAUGAUCUCAAGGCAGCUGGGACCAUAGUCACCAAGAAAACAAUUGGUAACACACUACGCCGUGAAGGACUGAAAUCCUGCGGCGCCCGCAAGGUCCCCCUGCUCAAGAAAGCACAUAUACAUGCCCGUCUGAAGUUUGCCAAUGAACAUCUGAAUGAUUCAGAGGAGAACUGGGUGAAAGUGUUGUGGUCAGAUGAGACCAAAAUGGAGCUCUUUGGCAUCAACUCAACUCGCCGUGUAUGGAGGAGGAGGAAUGCUGCCUAUGACCCCAAGAACACCAUCCCCACCGUCAAACAUGGAGGUGGAAACAUUAUGCUUUGGGGGUGUUUUUCUGCUGAGGGGACAGGACAACUUCACCGCAUCAAAGGGACGAUGGACGGGGCCAUGUACCGUCAAAUCUUGGGUGAGAACCUCCUUCCCUCAUCCAGGGCAUUGAAAAUGGGUCGUGGAUGGGUAUUCCAGCAUGACAAUGACCCAAAACACACGGCCAAGGCAACAAAGGAGUGGCUCAAGAAGAAGCACAUUAAGGUCCUGAAGUGGCCUAGCCAGUCUCCAGACCUUAAUCCCAUAGAAAAUCUGUGGAGGGAGCUGAAGGUUCGAGUUGCCAAACGUCAGCCUCGAAACCUUAAUGACUUGGAGAAGAUCUGCAAAGAGGAGUGGGACAAAAUCCCUCCUGAGAUGUGUGCAAACCUGGUGGCCAACUACAAGAAACGUCUGACCUCUGUGAUUGCCAACAAGGGUUUUGCCACUAAGUCGUGUUUUGCAGAGGGGUCAAAUACUUAUUUCCCUCAUUAAAAUGCAAAUCAAUUUAUAACAUUUUUGACAUGCGUUUUUCUGGAUUAUUUUGUUGUUAUUCUGUCUCUCACUGUUCAAAUAAACCUACCAUUAAAAUUAUAGACUGAUCAUUUCUUUGUCAGUGGGCAAACGUACAAAAUCAGCAGGGGAUCAAAUACUUUUUUCCCUCACUGUACAUUUAUACAUGCAUACGUACAUACAGUGCAUUCCCGAAAUUAUUCACACCCCUUGACUUUUUCCACAUUUUGUUAAAUUACAGCCUUAUUCUAACAUUUAUUAAAUUGUUAUUUUUCCUCAUCAAUCUACGCACAAUACCCCAUAAUGACAAAGCAAAAACAGGUUUUUAGAAAUGUUUGCAAAUGUAUUAAGUAAAACACUGAAAUAUCACAUUUACAUAAAUAUUCAGACCCUUUAUUCAGUACUUUGUUGAAGUACCUUUGGCAGCGAUUACAGCCUCGAGUCUUCUUGGGCAUGAAGCUACAAGCUUGGCACACAUGUAUUUGGGGAGUUUCUCCCAUUCUUCUCUGCAGAUCCUCUUAAGCUCUGUAUGUUCGAUUGGGUUCAAGUCCGGGCUUUGGCUGGGCCACUCAAGGACAUUCAGAGACUUGUCCCGAAGCCACUCCUGCAUUGUCUUGGCUGUGUGCUUAGGGUUGUUGUCCUGUUGGAAGGUGAACCUUUGCCCCAGUCCAAGGUCCUGAGCGCUCUGGAGCAGGUUCUCAUCAAGGAUCUCUCUGUACUUUGCUCCGUUCAUCUUUCUCUCGAUCCUGCCAGGUUUCCUCCAGACAUGACGCUUGGCAUUCAGGCCAAAGAUUUCAAUCUUGGUUUCGUUAGACCAAAGAAUCUUGUUUCUCAUGGUCUGAGAGUCCUUUAGGUGGCUUUUGGCAAACUCCAAGCGGGCUGUCAUGUGCCUUUUACUGAGGAGUGGCUUCGUCUGGCCACUAUACCAUAAAGGCCUGAUUGGUGGAGUGCUGCAGACAUGGUUGUGUCUGAAAGAUUCUCCCAUCUCCACAGAGGAACUCUGACAGAGUGACCAUCGGGUUCUUGGUCACCUCCCUGACCAAGGCCCUUCUCCCCCGAUUGCCCAGUUUUGCCGGGCGGCCAGCUCUAGGAAAAGUAUUGGUGGUUCCAAACUUCUUCCAUUUAAGAAUGAUGGAGGACACUGUGUUGUUGGGGAACUUCAAUGCUGCAGAAAUAUUUUGAUACCCUUCCCCAGAUCAGUUUCUCGACACAAUCCUGUCUCGGCGCUCUACGGACAAUUCCUUCGACCUCAUGGCUUGGUUUUUGCUCUGACAUGCACUGUCAACUGUGGGACAUCAUAUAAACAGGUGUGUGCCUUUCUAAAUCAUGUCCAAUCAAUUUAAUUUACCACAGGUAGACUCCAAUCAAGUUGUAGAAAGAUCUCAAGGAUGAUCAGUGGAAACAGGAUGCACCUGAGCUCAAUUUCGAGUCUCCUAGCAAAGGGUCUGAAUACUUAUGUAAAUAAGGUAUUUCUGUCUUUAUUUUUAUAAAUUUCUAAACACCUGUUUUCGCAUUGUCAUUAUGGGGUAUUGUGUGUAGAUUGAAGAGGGGGAAAAAAUAAUUGUAUCCAUUUUAGAAUAAGGCUGUAACGUAACAAAAUGUGGAAAAAGUCAAGGGGUCUGAAUACUUUCCGAAUGCACUGUACAUACAUACGUACAUAUUUUAAAGGCCCAAUGCAGCUGAUUUUAUCUCAAUAUCAAAUAAUUUCUGGGUAACAAUUAAGUACCUUACUGUGAUUGUUUUCAUCAAAAUGGUUAACCAUGAAUAAAAAUAGCUUUUUAGCAAGAGCAAUUUCUCAAGCAAGAAUUUUGGUCUGAGUGGGGAGGGGAAAACUGAAAACUAGCUCUUAUUGUCAGAGGUUUGGCACGCUGUUUCUUAUUGGUCUAUUAACUAAUUUACCGCCUGGUGAUGUCACCAGACAGACCAAAACUCUAUCCCACCAAAACAAGCUGAAAUUUCAGGCGGUCUUUUCAAACAGCUCUUAUUAUUAUUAUUAUUAUUAUUAUUAUUAUUAUUAUUAUCAUAUUCACAGUGUCACAGUAUUAUUCCAACCUCGUAGUGUGGAAAUAGUUUAUUAGGUACACCCAUCUAGUACCGGGUCGGACCCCCCUUUGCCUCCAGAACAGCCUGAAUUAUUCGGGGCAUGGAAACGUUGCUCAAUUGGUGUCAAGGAACCUAAAGUGUGCCAGGAAAACAUUCCCCACACCAUCGCCAACAGCCUGUACCGUUGACACCAGGUAGGAUGGGGCCAUGGACUAUGCUUCUUACGCCAAAUCCUGACUCUGCCAUCAGCAUGACGCAACAGGAACCGUGAUUCGUCGCACCAGGCAAUGUUUUUCCACUCCUCAAUUGUCCAGUGUUGGUGAUCGCGUACCCACUGGAGCCACUUCUUGUUGUUUUUAACUGAUCGGAGUGGAAUCCAAUGUGGUCGUCUGCAGCAAUAGCCCAUCCGUGACAAGGACGACGAGUUGUACGUUCAGAGAUGCCCUUCUGCACACCACUGUUGUACUGCGCCGGUAUUUGCCUGUUUGUGGCCCGCCUGUUAGCUUGCACAAUUCAACUGAUUUCACCCACAGGACUGCCGCUGACUGAAUGUUUUUUGUUUGUCGCACCAUUCUUGGUAAACCCUAGACCCUGUGGUGCUUGAAAAGCCCAGGAGGCCGGCCGUUUCAGAGAUCCUGGAACCGGCACGACUGGCACCGACAAUGAUACCAUGCUCAAGGUCAUUUGUUUUGCCCAUUCUAACAUUCAAUUGAACAGUAGCUGAAUGCUUCGAUGCAUUUAUAUAGCAAGCCAUGGCCACGUGACUCACUGAGCAAACCAUUUUCGUGAACGGGGCAAUAAACUGGCCACGGAGUGUAUAUAAAACACCGCAAAAUCAUGUUUUUGACUGCACCGGGCUUUUAAAAAAAUAUUUGUAUUCAUGGUGCUGUUGUAUAGCACAAGGUCUUUUGGUGUUGUUUCAACUCUGGUGAGUUAAUGUAUUGCAUAGGAGUGCGAUAUAGGAGGGUAAAGUUCAAAGUUCAGCUGAGAUCAGAAUCAAUUGGUGAAAGCGUCAUUUGCACUGUCAGGGGUCGUGAUGUGUUUAGAAAUCUACAAGUAGGACUAGCAAAGAUGUACAGAGGCAUAGGCCUACUGGUCUUUAUAGGCUAAACUUUUGGAAAUAUGCAACUAAUUUGUCUGACUUCUUCAAUGUAGAACCAAAAGUACUGGACAGUUGAAGGCGUUUGUGCCCCCUGAUAUAUUUGGGGUGCAUGACCCCCCUGGCUGCGUUUGUACAGGCAGCCCAUUUCUGAUAUUUGUUUUACUAAUUGGUCUUUUGACCAAUUAGAUCAGCUCUUCUGACAAUAAUUGGGCAAAAGAUCAGAAUUGGAGUGCCUGUGUAAACGCAGCCUAUAGUGACAACUGCUGAUGUAAAAAGGGCUUUAUAAAUGCAAUUGAUUGACUGAAAGCAAUAUGGUGGUAUGAAGGUUUAGGCCCAGAUUGCUGUUAAGCAUUUUUCUGUUUGUUGACAUACUACAUUCUAUCUCCCAUCUUUUCUUUAGGACCGUCGUUAUGGCGAACUGUCGGAGGAGCAGCUUCCAUCCUGUGAGAGCCUGAAGGACACCAUCGCCCGGGCACUGCCCUACUGGAACGACGAGAUUGUGCCCCAGAUCAAACAGGGCAAGAGGGUUCUCAUCGCUGCCCAUGGCAACAGCCUCAGGGGCAUUGUCAAGCAUCUCGAGGGUAAGUAGUAGGAACUGCGUAGAACCGUGAUCUCUGACCGCUUGGCUCUGGAGAGCCACAGGGUGUGCAGGCUUUUGUUACAGCCUUUCACUAAUACACCUAUUUUGAAAUCAUCAACUGUUCAUGGUCACAAUUAGUCGGAUCAGGUGUGUUAGUGCAAUUGCUGGGCUGAAACAAAAGCCUGCACACACAGUUUCUCCCCAGGACUGGAAUUGAAGUUUAUACUGGUUGGUUUCUAGGAAGUACUGGUCUGUGGUACUAUCGUUUUACUUCCUACACAUUCUAAUCUGUGUCCGUCUGUGUGCUCCUUCUUUUUUUGUAUACACUUUCUUAGUUAUGAUUAUUUAAUUUACAUGAUUUAUGUUGUCGUCAUUGAUCAACCAUAACCCCUAUGUCCUGCUCUGUGCUGCCCCCUGCAGGUAUGUCUGAGGAAGCCAUCAUGGAGCUGAACCUGCCCACAGGCAUCCCCAUCCUGUACGAGCUGGACAAGAACCUGAAACCCGUCAAGCCCAUGCAGUUCCUGGGGGACGAGGAGACCGUCAGGAAGGCUAUGGAGGCA